GACGCAGCAACCCAAUGACAGGAAGCGUUCUCAAACAUCUACGGCGAGCCUCGAGCCCUGACGCAGCCGAACGAGCGCGCGCUGAGGGCGGACAUUGGAACUAAACCGAGGGUUUAAUUUGGACCGCGUCCUCGCCUCGGAGGGACUCGCCCGCCUCCUCCCGUAGUGGCCUCGAGAGUAAAUAGUUGUCUGGCAGAUGGAAAAGCAGGCCGGAGCUGCCGGAGCGGCGGACGGAGCAGGGCCGAACAGAAAGCUCUGGGGCUCGCCCACAGGCGGACCAGCCUCCGGUGACUCCCUGGACAGUCCAACAGGUUCUCAUGUGGAUUGGUGUAAACAGCUGAUAGCGGCCACCAUCUCCAGUCAGAUCUCAGGAUCAGUCCCGCCGGACAUCGACAGGGACAACAAGGCUAGGAGAAGACCAGAUUUCAUGGUGUCCAAGAGGCUGACUCCCAGGCAAGAUUCACAUGAUGAAGGGCUUUGUUACCAUGGAGAUAGUGAUUCUGAGCAUCCUUCCAAUGCUUCGAACCUUCCAGUUUCGAGAUACGGGGCGCAGACCACGAUGUUCCAGAACCAGGUUCCUCUGCUCCCAGGAGAGACGGUCCAGACGACAGUCAUGGAUGUGAUAUACAUCUGUCCGUUCAGUGGUCUGGUUAAUGGAACCCUUACCAUCACAGACUACAAGCUCUACUUCACCAGCGUGGAACGGGAGUCUCCGUUCGUCCUCGACGUGAACCUGGGGGUCAUCAGCAGACUGGAGAACAUCAGUGUUCCCAACCAGGGAGAGGUCACCAAAGGCCUGGAGCUGGUCUGCAAGGACAUGAGGAGUCCCAGGUUCGCCUACAAGACGGAGGAGGGCCAUCCGGAUGUGGUGGAGCUGCUGGCCAAGCACGCCUUCCCCCUCUCCCACAGCCUGCCCCUGUUCGCCUUCCUGUACAAGGAGCAGUUCCCCGUGGACGGCUGGAAGGUGUACGACCCAACGGCAGAGUACAGGCGCCUGGGCCUCCCCAACGAGAGCUGGGCCAUCAGUAAGAUGAACAGCAGCUAUGAGCUGUGUGACACCUACCCCUCCAUCCUGGUCAUCCCCACCCACAUCACAGAGGACGACAUCAGACGGGUGGCUGUGUUCAGAGCCAAGCACCGCAUACCGAUCCUGUCCUGGAUUCACCCGGAGACCCAGGCCACCAUCGUGCGCUGCAGCCAGCCGCUCGUCGGACCAUCGGACCGCCGCUGCAAAGAGGACGAGCGCUUCCUCCAAAUCAUCAUGGACGCCAACGCCCAGUCCCACAAGCUCACCAUCUUCGACGCCCGGCAGAACACCGUGGCGGACACCAACAAGGCGAAGGACGGCGGGUAUGAGAGCGAGAGCUUCUACCCCAAUGUGGAGCUGAACUUCCUGGAGAUCCCCAACAUCCACGUGAUGAGGGAGUCUCUGAGGAAGAUGAAGGACGUGGUUUACCCCACCAUCGAUGAAGCCCACUGGCACUCCGCUAUCGACCAGACGCACUGGCUGGAGUACAUCCGGCUGUUAUUAGCAGGAGCAGCAAAGAUAGCCAAUAAGCUGGAGUCGGGGAAGACGUCGGUGGUGGUGCACUGCAGUGACGGCUGGGACCGGACCGCUCAGCUCACCUCUCUGGCCAUGCUGAUGCUGGACAGCCACUACCGCACACUCCGAGGGUUCCAGGUUCUGGUGGAGAAGGAGUGGGUCAGCUUUGGACACAAGUUUGCCGCCCGCGUCGGCCACGGCGACGAGAACCACGCCAACUCUGAGCGCUCGCCUCUCUUCGUCCAGUUUGUUGACUGCGUCUGGCAGAUGACCCGACAGUUCCCAGCAGCCUUUGAGUUCAACGAGCUGUUCCUGAUCACCGUGCUGGACCACCUCUACAGCUGUCUGUUCGGCACCUUCCUGUACAGCAGCGAGCAGGAGAGGGCAGCGAAGGAGGUGCAGACCGACACCGUGUCCCUGUGGUCCUACAUUAACAGCCAGCCUGAGGACUUCACCAACCCCUUCUACGUGGACUAUGAGCACCACGUUCUGUGUCCGCUGGUUUCCUCCAGACAUCUGGAGCUGUGGACGGGCUACUACGCCCGCUGGAACCCACGCAUGAGACCACAGGUGCCGGUGCACCAGACGCUGAAGGAGCUGCUGUUCUUGAGAGCAGAGCUCCAGAGGAGGGUGGAGGACCUGCAGAGGGAGGCCACCUCUCGCUCCUCAUCCUCCUUCUCCGAACAUUCCCCAUCACACACCGCGGGAACUCCUCUGCACUCCGCUGUCUGACACACACUCACAGUUGAAUGCAUGUUUUAGCCCAGUUACUCCAAAUACUGAUGUUUACAAUGGGAAGGAGGCUUUUACAAGGAGAUUUGUAAUGUUAUAAUAACAUUCUUAAAUACACUUUUAGCAAAGUAAAAUCAUCUCCUGGAGAUAAAAGUUUAAAAAGUAUUUAAAGAAAGUAUUAAAAAUGUAAGGCGCCCCUGAAGGGACAAAGGGGAACAAAAAAUAUAGAUGUGUGGAAAAUAGGUAAGAACGUUUGCGUAUUUUGCCCUAUGGUUAUUGCAGUAGUUUAUGAACCACUGAAUCUGAUACAUUUGGGGUUUAUCAGACCACAAAUGAGACAACAAUGAGCGAGCUAGCUUUGUGCUCCUAAACAUUACGUUCAUUACAUUCAGUGUCCCGUAUCUCUAUUUUCAAGCUACUGCAGCUGUCACUCAAAUGUUUCUGGGGAGAACACCAACGUUUUUUUUCGACUAGAGGCUCCGUAGAAACUAGCCUGACACAAAGCCUGUGUUUAUUAUUUAUGUUAUUUAAUAAUAAUAAAAAUUCUCCAAAUUCCAAAAGACCAGCUUCUCGAUACUGGGUUACUCUUACUGUUCGUAUGAAGAAAUACUUCUCUUUGUGUCAGGGAAAAGCUGCCAGUAAAGACCUGUCACGCCUCCUCUUCCUUUGACCUUGACUCGUGAGACAGUGCUCUCCAAAGUCACAGGUGGAAAAAGAAAAUAUACAAAAAUUAUAUAUAUAUUUUGGACUGGGAACCGAGAAAGAAUAAUGAUGUUGGCAUCGUAAUCCCUCACCUGCUUCCUAUUUAAAAAUAGCCUUUUUUAAUUUAAUCUUUUCUUUCUUUACAUUGCUUUUCCAUGUGCCAACUGUGUCACUGGUGCGCCCCCCCAAAACCACUUUGUCUUGUACUGUCAAUCAUUAGUAUUUCUAAUCAGUGUUUCUCACAAAUGAGCCAAACUCCAGAUGUGGAGAGCGGCUCACGCUAGUUAGAAAUAAGCACAUUGUUUAUGUAUGAUUUGUCUAUUUUAUAAAAUGUAGUUAUUCUAAUGCUAUUUAACCUAUUAACACACUGUCUACCUGUGGCAUGCGAUCAUGCACAUCUUCUUUUUUUAUAUGUCUGUAAUGUGUCUAAAUAUGAGAAGUUAAACCUCCUAAAUGAGCCAUAAUCACUUCUGACAUUCCAUUAAAAAAAAUAAAGAAAAAGGUAAGAAUUCCAAACUCCA